ACAUCAUUCUUGUCACACUCUAACUUCAAUCCAAAACUGAGUUUUCGGGUUAUUUCUUUUCUUGCUGAAGCUAGCAUUUCCAUUCUUUUCCCAUGGCUAACACCGUUUCAAGGUCAAAUUACCAGCACAAGAAUGCCUUUGCUGUGUUGGGGCUCUUUUGUGUAAUGCUGAUGUUGCAGAAAGGUGAUGCUAUACAAUUCACUGUUGGGGGAGCUAAAGGUUGGACCGUGCCCAAAAAUACCACAGCAUAUGAAUAUAAUCAAUGGGCAGAAAAAACCAGGUUUCAGAUUGGAGACUCCUUGUUGUUUGUCUACAAGCCAGACCAAGAUUCUGUGCUCCUAGUAAACAAACAAGACUACGACAGUUGUACUACAACUGCAGCUCUGGCUACCUACGAUGAUGGCCACACGGUCUAUACAUUCAACCGAUCGGGUCAUUUCUACUUCAUAAGUGGAAACAAAGAUAAUUGUUUAAAGAACGAGAAGUUAAUAGUGGUCGUUUUGGCAGACAGAAGCAACCGUUCUUCUUAUACAAACGAAACGACCACAGCUUCGCCUCCACCUUCAGGCGAAAUGGGCAUAGUCCCAUCUCCUGCACCUGCUGGCGAGGAGGCUCCUCCAGCAGGAACAGUGGAGAAUAACCCAUCACCAUCUCCAGUUAGCGAUACCCCAAAUGCGGCUUCUGUCAUAUACAUGAGUUUCUCAGCUGCCAUUGGAGCAUUUUUUGCUUCAUAUCUUAUUCUAAUAUUCUGAGUGGGAAGUUUGCAUUAUCUAUUGGGUUUUUCUCUAUUCUUUGAUUGAUUGUUUUCCAUCUAUUUUUGUUUUUUUCACCUGUGGCUUUCUCUAUGAUUUUCCCACCUUGUGCUCAGUGGGGUGAACUGAGUAUUUGGAAGGCGUAUUGAUGGUUGGUUAUUUGUUUGCAACAUGAAAAAUAAGCUGACAAUUUAUGUAAUUUGAGUGUGCUUAUUACUUCAUGUAAGGACAUUGUAUAGAAGGAAAUAAAUAAUAUUUUUUUA